GAAAGCUGUGACGUUACAGGGGGGGGAGGCUCAGCCCGGAAGUAGCUGCAAAAAUGUCAUAUGAUUUGCAAUAGUGUGUGAAAGGAAUAGAACGGUAAUUAGCUGGCGUCCGGACACUAGUACGUGGUUAUCCAUCGGACAGAAUGAUGUGUUAAUGUGCAAGGUCCUUUGCCCCAGACAUGGAGGAGAUAAGAGUAUCUCCUGACUACAACUGGUUCAGAAGCACAGUUCCACUUAGAAGAAUAAUUGUGGAUGAUGAUGACAGCAAGGUUUGGUCCCUGUAUGAUGCUGGGCCCAAAAGCAUUAGAUGCCCCAUCAUCUUCCUGCCUCCAGUCAGUGGGACAGCUGAAGUGUUCUUCCAGCAGCUUCUGGCACUGACAGGCUGGGGAUACAGGGUAAUCUCGCUCCAAUAUCCGGUUUACUGGGACCUGCUGGAAUUUUGUGAUGGAUUCAGGAAGCUACUCGAUCACUUACAGCUGGACAAGGUUCACCUUUUUGGUGCUUCUUUAGGAGGUUAUUUGGCCCAGAAGUUUGCUGAAUGUACGCACAAAUCCCCCAGAGUGCACUCUCUUAUCCUGUGCAAUUCCUUUAGUGACACAUCCAUCUUUAACCAGACAUGGACAGCAAACAGUUUUUGGCUGAUGCCUGCCUUCAUGUUAAAGAAGAUUGUCCUUGGCAAUUUUGCAAAGGGACCAGUCGAUCCAAAAAUGGCAGAUGCUAUUGACUUCAUGGUUGAUCGGCUGGAGAGCCUGAACCAGAGCGAGCUGGCUUCGAGAUUGACACUGAAUUGUCAGAAUUCCUACGUGGAGCCGCACAAAAUAAAAGAUGUCACAGUGACCAUUAUUGAUGUGUUUGAUCAGAGUGCGCUUUCACAUGAAGCGAAAGAGGAAAUGUAUAAACUCUAUCCAAAUGCCAGACGAGCUCAUCUGAAGACGGGAGGAAACUUCCCCUACCUUUGCAGAAGUGCCGAGGUCAAUCUGUACGUACAAAUUCACUUGCGGCAAUUCCACGGCACAAGGUACGCGGCCAUCAACCCGGCCAUGAUCAGUGCAGAGGAGCUGGAGGUACACAAGAGCAGCUUAGGCAACGGCAGGGGCAGUGACGAAGACCAAUAGGAGCCUCCCUCCAUCUCCUCUCCCUGCUCUGGCUCGUACGCUGAGCUGGUGGCACAUUUCUCCUCAGCUACCAGCAGACUCACAGAAUCUUUAACACCGAUCUAAUCACUGUGGACGGUUGGCAUUGUGAUGGGAGAACGAGGCUUUGUGAACCCUAUAAUGGAUGCUAAAUCUUUGAUUCCUACAAACCAAUCAUUGCUCCCUGUGGCAAAAUGUGAUCUGUUCAGAAACAGUUUAACACUAUAGCUUCACAUGCACUUUAGGGUUCACACAGCCUCCCUAUUCAAUCAAUAUUAGAAUAUUGACCAAUCAGCAUUUCAAACAGAGAUCUUUUUCGGUCUCAAGGUUUUUUUUUUUUUUUUUUUUUCUUCUAAGAUGCAGAUUUCAGUUAACACAAUAACUAUAGUAAAUAUAGGAGCAUAUUUUAUUAAUUGUUACUGUAAAUAAUUAUAAAUUGGCUUUGUUUAAAAAAGACAGAAAAAGCCUACAUAUGAGGCCAUCUUUUGUACCCGUUUGCCUUAUGAUUCUAAUCCUUUGUACUCAAUUGUUCAUGGACUUUGUACUGUGCCACUUAAGUCAUUGUUUUUCUUCUUGGUCUUCAAGUUUUUAUUCUAGCACUUUUGUUGUACUGAAUAUGAGCAAUGAUUCCUGCACUGAUAAAUAAGGCUAAAUGAUCUACUGAUGUUUCAAGGAUUACGGCUGGAGAGAGAAUUGUGUACACAGAUUUUUUUUUGUUGAGGAAAAUGAGUUUCACAUCUUUGAUUAAAUCUAUCUUGGUUAUCCAC